AUGGAUGAAGAAUUUCUGCGUGGUGCUAGGUGUGACCAGGAAGGACAUCCUGCCACUGGUGAAGAAACAAAGGAAGCCAGAUCCCACAGACACAGCGGCCUUCGACUCNCAAACGAAGAUCUCUACGCCAUUCUUUUCCUCCUAGUGGAACUUCCAGCCGCCUUGUCGAUACAGAAGCACGAAGACGACACUGGCAUCAGCGGCGACGGACAAGCUGCCUUCGAGGAGCUCUGCAACAACUAUGACAGGGUAACGGACGAGGUCAUCAGGGCCAAGAUGGAGGAGCUGGAGAACAACCCCAUGAACCCUGGUGAAAAUCCCGACGACUACUUCAACCAGAAGCACCUACUUCGCACCCAGCUGGAUAAGAUGGGAGAACACAUCUCUGACCGCCGCUUCAAGGACAUCUGCGUACAGGGCUUCUCCGACGAAUACAAGGACGUCAAACUGAGGUGUUCAGAGACCCAACCUUCAACGUCCUGGACAUGCAAUCCACCAUGCGCAACAUCGUAUUGGACGAACAAUCGCACAAGGGAUGGAAGGGACGCAUAG